AUGAAUGUCAGUACCAGUGCUUUGGGAGUUAGACGAAGAAAAGUAGCGACACAAAACAUAGAUGAUGAGGAAAAUUCGGCGGUACUAAAACUAGGACCAGAAUUUCGAUUGAAUCAACUAACAAACUCCGGAGAAGAGCAGCAAUUGAUUGCAUUGAACUUAUCUGAGGCAAGACUUUUAAUAAGAGCUGCUUUGAAGGAGCGUAAGAAGAGCCAAAGAAAGGGCGGAGUUGGCAAACAACAUCAGCAGCAGCAGCAACAACACCUGCAACAACAACAACAUCUGCAGCAACAACAUCUGCAGCACCCUCUGCAGCAUCUGCAGCAGCAACAGCAACAGCAAAAUCGGCAAAAGGAUAUAAACGACUCGGAUUCAGACUCAGAUGAUGAUAUGAACACCAAGGAAGAUGAAAUAUCUAAUAUUGAAUUGGCAGGUCCGAAUCUGAAUGAAAUAAUGCACAAGACACUAAACUAUUUAACCAAUUUUGCCAGAUUUAAAAAUAGGCUGAGCUGUGAAACAGUUGAGAAAUUACUCAACGAUUUCAAUGAGCAACAUUGUACUGAGCCUUUACACCCUUUUGAAAUUGCCCAAUUGGGCACUUUGGAGUGCGAGGAUUCAGAAGAGGCCAAGAGUUUGAUACCUAGUUUGAAUGGUAAGGUAUCCGAUGCGCACUUGCAAACUUUAUUGACAGAAUUGAGAAAGUACCAAACGUUAUCUUGA